AGCGCUGCCAGCCAGGACAGCGCUGCAAAUACGGUACACCAUAAUUUAAAAUUGACGCCGCUGCUAAGUAAAUCGGAGCAGCCUGCGUCAGAUGUGAUUGCCGCGGCAACUUCGCUGCAUCAUCGACGCGGCGCCACCACCAAAGGUAAAACCCAGGAUGACCAAUAUGUGGGCAAGCGUCAAAAGAAUAAAAGGACAAAGUACGAUCCUUGGGAGGAUAGCGAAAUAAAUGAUCUCGACGACGCAUCGUUGAAGAAAUUGCUCGAGGAGGCCUAUUGGUAUCGCAGCCCUGGCGACAGGAAAAACAAAAGCGAGCGGUUUCUGCAAAUGCUUAAGAAGGCUGAGUACGACGAGGAGAACUCUUAUCGUCGUGUCAUUAAAAACUGCUUAACUCGCAACACGUCCGCAUCAUCAUCAUCAACGUCCAGCGGCUAUUAUGGCCACAGCAGUAGUGUAGGCAGCGGCGGCAGCAACUUCGGUGCGCACAAUAGCAGCAACAGCAACAACAAUACCUAUAGCAGCAGCAGCGGCUAUCAUAGCAGCAACCAUCGGACGGCAUCACAGCGUCAUAGGCAGUUCGGCUCUUUGCAGGAUUUAGUCGAGGCGACGCAUCGCAGCGAGCUGGCAACGACGUCAGCGGCGGCGGCGGCGGCAGCGGCAGCAACCCAACGUUUCAACUGUGAUUAUCAGCUGAGUGGCGCCAGCGGCAGCAGCAGCAACGCUCGAGCCAAUCGACGCCAACAGCACAACAACAACAAUAACAAUAGCAACAGCAACAACAAUAGCAACAACCAAAACGCCACUCUGGUCCUGAAGAAGUUCAAGAUCAACUCAAACUCGUCUGUGUCGKCGCGACAGCGCGAAGGUGGCAGUUUGCCCAGCAGCGUCAACUUUGAGGCCAACAUGGAUAUUAAGCAGAAGCUGACCGUUGGCGAGCAGAUGGUGCUCAGCAGUGUCAAUGCCAGUGGCAACAAUCACAACAAAAACAAUCGCAACAGCAACAGCAACAGUAACAGCAGCAGCAACAACAACAGCAACAGCCUGCCCAGUCAGCUGAAUGAGACUGGCAACAUGGUCGUGCAGUUCGAUCAGGAUGGCGUGGCCAUCGAUGUCGCUGGCGGCCAAAUAUAUGAGCAGGAGGAGCUACAUUUGGAUGCGCAGCACAAGGAUAAGCCUGAACAGCCGCUGGACACUCUCACUCAGCAGGUGCAGAAGCAACAACAGCAGCAACAGAAGCAGCUGUCCGAUGCCAUAGACUCGGGCGCUGUUAAAGAGUUCCUAAUCGAUGAUCCGCUGCACUUUUUCAUGCUGGAGCAGUCUGCCAAGCAGCAGCAACUGCGGCAACAGCAGCAGCCACAAUACGCCGCUGCGCCGUCCAAUGCUCCAGGUGCCAGUGGUGCUGGUGGCCCAUUCACGCUCACUCUGGACGAGCACAAGCGCAAAGUGGAGGCCGGCUACGUUUCGCUCAAUGACAGCUACACGGCGUGCUCUUCGGUCUACGGCGUCGGCAGCUCCACAUCCUCGGGCGCCGCCGGCCACGAUUCCGGCAAUUCGGCUGAUCUAUUCGCUGGCUCCGAUCUGCGUACGGCCAAAAUUGGACACAUGAUGACCGCGGCGGCCACGGCAGCUGUCGCUGCCUCGCACAGCGCCAAGUCCACAACGCGCCAGUUUGAUGAGAACGGCAACGCCCUGAACGAUGGCUACGCAGCCGUCGCCGCAGCAGCGGCGGCAAUCGCUGCUGCAGGUGGCACCGGCAGCAGCAGCGGCAAUGGCAACGGCAACGGCAACAGCAGCAGCAACAGCAAUAGCAGCAGCAGCAGCAGCAGCUCCGCCGCCAAUCAGUUCACGACCAUGAUUACAGGCAACAGCGGCGCUCAGCAGCACCAGCACCAGCAACAGCAACAGCUGCAGCAUCAUCAGCAGCGCUCGAACAGCGUUGGCGGAAACAUGACGACACCGGCCAUGGCAUUUGCAGCUGUUUGUGCCACCUACAACCAGUUGCAGCAGACGCCCAUGAUUGGCGGCCCGCCGCAGCCACCCACCAAGCUCAAGGCGAAGAAGAAGUCGCAGCAGGAGCGGAACACCACCACGGUGGACGUGGAGUCCGUGGCUGGGUAUCGCGGCAAGGAUCCGGUCGAGCAGCUGGUCAAGUACAUUGAGAACGACGGCGCCCAGCAGCAGCAGCAGAAGAAAAAGGAGCGCAAGAAGCAAAACAAGCUCAAGAAAUGUAAUUCGCUCGAAGAGCUGCGCAGCUGUGCGAAGAUGGAGGUCGACGAGCUGAAGCGCCAGUCGGCAACCACUGAGAUGAUGCGCAACAAGAAGGGUGGCAAGCACAAUUCCGCCUCCGUGGCGGACAUCAAUAAGAACUGCAACAAGGAACAGCAACAAUCACAGCAGCAGCAGCAGCAGCAAUCAUCCCAGCAGCAACAGUCACAGCAGCAGCAGCAGCCAUCGGUGCCACGCAAGGGCGAACGUCGCUCCUGGGGUACCGAGGAGCUGCAGUAUUUGGGCGAGCCCGCGUUGAACGACAGCAACAACACCAGCGGCAACAACAGCAACUGCAGUGAGCCAGCAGCAGCAGCAGCAGCAUCAUCAUCACAGAUAUCGAUGACGAGCGGCACAAUGCCAUCGCUCGAGCUGCCCUCAUUGGCGCGCAUGUCGGAGAUUGAGGCUCUCAAUACGGUGCUGACUGAGACGGCCGAGUUCCACGUGGUCACCAAAAAGAAGAAACCAAAGAAGCAGCGCGCCGUUACUAUGGACGAUGCGGCCGUCGCGGCAGCUGCCACAACCGGCGGCAACUUACAGCGCAUGCAACAGAUCACAAAGUCGGCAUCGUCCAAUAUGAUGUCGCAACGCUUGCGCGGCAGCAACAUGGACUAUUAUAACAACAACAGCAACAACAACAAUUAUUAUGCUGCACACACCGGCUACAACAGCAGCAACAACAGCAACAAGCAGCAGCAGCAACAGGUGCAGCAGCAGCAGCAGCAACAACAACAACAACACGCCACAACAGCAACAUCAGCAACUGCAGCUGCAGCUGCAGCUGCAACAGUUGUUGCUGGCACACAGGAUAAUUCACGUCGCAAGUCCACCUCGUCCAUGCCGCCAUCGGAGAAAUCUGAUUCAAGUGAUCUCGACUCGGUGCACUCGCUGCCCAUACAAACUGGCAAGAAGAAGAGCAGCAACAAUAAGCGUUCAGCAGCCGCCGCACAGGCCAAACAGAAUAACAAUAACAACAACAAUAACAAUACCAAUAAAAAUCAUAAUAAUGCGCCCAUCUCGUAUGCGGACAUCGCCCGCAACAAGCGCGAGCAGCUGGCCGCCAGCGAGGACAAUGAUGCCGGACACGAUGGCCAGGGCGCAACCUCAGGCUCAUCCCUGUUGCUGCUGGACAACAACAACAGCAGCAGCAGCACGAACAACAGCAACAGCAGCAGCAAACAGCGCGCCGCCAAGUCAAAGGCGCGUCCCGACUUUCCAGAGCUGCCAAGCGCCAUGGCCGCCAAUAUAACAACAGCAACAGCAGCGGGCGCUGCAACAGCAACAGCAGCCGCAACAGCCGCUGUGCUCAUCAGCUACUCGCAGAGCCUGAGCAAAUUGCUAGCGCACAGCAACAGCAGCGAGGCCGAGGAGCAGCAACAAUUGCAGAGCUCAGCAGCUGUUGCGCCCACAGCAGCAGCAGCAGCAGCAGGAGCAGCAGCAGGAACAGCAGCAGCAGCAACAUCAUCAAACACAACAAAUGCCACCUCGAAUCAACAGCAGUCAGCGCCGCCAGCGCUGCAAAAGUCCAAGAGUGUCGAGCACGAUGCCCGCGGCAACAGCAGCAGCAGCAGCUACAGCUUCAACAGCAGCAAUCUGGACUUGCAGUAUCCGGCGCUGGAGAAGACUGUGAAGCGGCACAGCGUCAACUAUGUGUCGCUGCCUUCGGCCAUCAGCAGCAACAUUAAUUUUGCUGCAGCUGCCAAGCAACAGCAGGAGAAGGAAAAGGAAAAGGAGAAGCUCAGCCAAGAUGUGACGACAGCAGCAACAGCAGUAGCAACAGUUGCUGCUGCUACAGCAACUACCUCAGCCAAGGCUAAGAGCAAGCCAAAGGAACUAUCACCUGGCAGCAGCAGCAGCUGCAACAGCAGCAGCAGCAGCAGCAGCAACAGCAGCAGCAGCAGCAAGAAGGAGAAGAAGCCUAGUCAGGAGGAGCAAUCAACGUCGACGAUGACGACGUCGCCGCCCAUUAGCUUUAACACAUGCUGCCACAACAACAAGGCAACUGCAGCCACGCAGACGGAGGUGGCCAAGAAGCACAGCAGCUGCAACACUGUGGCCGCUGGCGUGCAGACAGCAUUGCCGGCGGGCAAUAGACCCGCUGUGAUUAUACUCAACGAUGAUCGCGACUCGGCGCUGGGCAGGCUCAACAACGAGUUCAUCUUUGGCGACUUCAAUGAGGACGAGCUGAAGCUGUUCGACGACGCCAGCGACAAGGAGGAGUCGGACGAGAAGCCCCAUCAGGUGGACAAGCAGCAGCAGACGACGCCGACAACAGCAACAGCAGCAACUGCAACAGAUUCCAGCUGUGACCAACAGCAACAGCAGCAGCAGCAGCAGCAGCAGCAGCAAGAGCAACAACAGUUGCAGCUGCAGCUGCUUAACGAUUCGGGCGCCGCCUCCGAUUUGGUUAACAGUUCGGCCUGCAUGGAUAUGCUGCUGAUCUCAGGGCAGGCGGCACAGUCGUCGCCCAAUGCCGCAGCCGCCAAUAACAGCCCAUCGACUUCGUCGACGCCAUCCUCGUCGGCCUCUUGCUCCACCUCCGCCUCCUCGUCCACGCUGAGCAGCACCAGCAACGGCAACGGCAAUGGCAAUGGAAGUGGCAAUGGCGGCAGCGCCGCCUUGCACUUGGCCAAUCAGUCGAGCGACAGCGGCAUCUAUGGCACUGCCAACAUAUCGAAUUCAGCUGCGGCCACCAUCAAGGAUCAGGUGAAUAGUUUCCUAAGCAAGGCCAGCGCCGGCAACGCCAAUGCCAAUGCCAGCGGCAGCCACAGUCAUAGCCAUAGCAACAGCAGCAGUUGCAGCAGCUGCCAGGAUGAGCCGCUGCCCAUGCAACAGCUGGAGACAUGCAACGAUAUCGAGGCAGCAAUUAUUGCAGCUGCCCGCGCCGCUGCUGCAGCGGCCUCGUCGCGCAGCGGCAGCUGCAGUCGCAGCAAUUCACGCGAGCAGCCGGCGACAGUUGCUAACGCCAAGCCACGACCAGCUCUCUAUGGCACCUACGGCCUGGGCAGUGGAGUGCAUCCAGCAGCUGCUGCUGCUGCUGACAAUGCUGUUGCUGCUGAUCAUCUCGAUGGCGAGGACGAGGAGCAGCAGCUGCACGAGCUCAGCUUUAUGUCUGAUCUCAAAACGGAAUUUGGGGCGACGCCCACACCGCUCCCAUCAUCAUCAGCAACCACAACAACAUCAUCAUCAACAACAAAUAUGUCCGCACCACCGUCACGUCAAUGUCAAAUGUCCAACACGGAGCUCAUUGUGGACUACAUCAGCAGCUGUAAGUCGAGCGAAAAGAUCAAUAUUUAUAUAGGUGCACGAUUAAUCAGUUCAUGA